AUGACCACGGCAUCUAGUAAUGCCCCAGCGGCUGGAAGCUCGCCAUUUGGCGCGAGGUUGCUUCCCACUGUGAUUGACGAUUACGCCAAAAACGAGCCGGACCGAGUGUUUGUCCAAGUACCGAUAGGCGAUGAAGCCAAAGAUGGCUGGAGACCAUUUACAUUCAAAGAAUACGCAGAUUCUAUUAACCACAUGUCCCACUGGCUGGUCGAGAAACUCGGCACCCCGCUUCCAGGCUCGUUCCCAACCAUAGCGUACAUUGGACCAAACGAUGUGCGAUAUCUGGUUCUCGCGAUUGCUGCUAUUAAAACGGGCUUCAAGGUACUCCUCCCAUCACCUAGAAACUCGGUCGAAGCACAAGUAUCACUAUCCAAAAAUACCGACUGCCAGUGUCUGCUGCAUGCAGAAGAAUCCAAGCCAUUUGUUACGGAAUGGCUCGCAGCAUAUCCUAUGCGGACGUUGAUAAUCGAACCUCUUAACGAGAUAUAUGCCAGCAAAGAUGAGGAUCCUUUUCCAUACAACAAGUCUUACGAUGAAGCCAAGAGUGAUCUAUUUGCAGUCUUGCACACGAGUGGUUCUACUGGCAUACCGAAACCCAUUGUUUGGAACAACGAAUUCAUGGCCCUGUCUGAUCGGUAUCAGACUAUGCCAACUUGGGAAGGACAUACGUUUUUCAUAGAGAGAGUGAGACAACUGAGCAAGACGAUGCUGAUGCCAAUGCCCUUGUUUCAUGCUACUGGUCUAAUAUUUUCUAUUGCUAUUGCUGUCCUCUGGGGCCAUCCCAUGGCGCUCAACCUGGGUACCAAACCAGUCACCGCCGAUAAUGUGGUCGAGAUCUUCAAGUAUUGUCCUGCCGAUGGCGCUGGGCUUCCGCCUUCUGUUGUUGCAGAAAUGAGUGAAACCGAGGAAGGCCUGGCAACACUGAAGAAGCUCUCGUUUAUAUUUUGGGGCGGUGGUAGCAUUCCUAAAGCCGCUGGUGACAAACUUGCUGCUGAAGGCGUCGUCUUUGUCAACGGUAUCGGCUCUACGGAAUACGGCAUCUACCCUCUUUACUGGCAGGAGGACACCACGAAUUGGGAAUAUUUCAUCUUCAACAACGAGCAGUUUGGCUGUGAAUACCGCCAUCUGGAUGACGAUCUCUAUGAGCAAGUCAUGGUCCGAGACGAGAAGAAACGUGAUUGGCAAGGCGUCUUCAUCACAUUUCCCGACGCCAAAGAAUUUAGAGCUGGUGAUAUGUACUCGCCGCAUCCUACCCUUCCAAACCACUGGCGCCACCGCGGCCGCUCCGACGACGUCAUAGUUUUCUCCAACGGCGAGAAGCUGAAUCCAGUUACCAUUGAGAAGACGGUUGGCUUGCAUCCAAAACUACGAUCUGCUUUGGUCGUUGGCGCCGGCAAAUUCCAAGCCGCCAUGUUCCUUGAUCCCGUUGAGCGUCCAGACACAGAAGAGAAGAAGAAGGAGUUGAUCGAUAGCGUUUGGCCAUUGGUUAAGAAGGUAAACGCCGGGACUGUCAAACAUGGACGCAUUGCAAAGCAUCUUAUUACUCUAUCAGACGAAACCAAACCCUUUACGUACUCUGGCAAAGGCGAACUACAGAAGGGCUCUGUGUUGAAGAGAUAUGGUGCCGAGAUUGACGCAAUCUACGAGAAGACAGGAGCAGAAGACACCGCAGUAAUCGAGACAGCAUCUGAGGAGAGCUUGAUGGCAUCCAUACGCUCCGUCUUUGAAGACAAUCUGGGUGUAACGAGUCUGGACGAAACAGCAGACUUUACUGCUGCUGGUAUUGACUCUUUGCAGAUUAUUACCGGCGCAAGAAUUGUCUCGAACGGUUUAGAGGCAGCUGGUAUCUCUAAGGAUUUGGCAGAAGUGUCCCCGAGAACGAUUUACCAGAAAUCGACCCUUCAGAAGCUAUCCAAGUACAUUUUUAGAUGCAUCCGUGAUGGAAGAGAGGCUGCAGAUGCCGCCGCACUUGACAACUCGGAUACUUUGAGAGCUCUCUUGGAGAAGUACACGCAAGACUUCCCUAAUCCAAGCAGCACACAAAUUGAUGCCAACACAACCGGCCAGGUUGUCCUGCUUACCGGCUCCACUGGUAGUCUUGGCUCUUACCUCCUACAAUAUCUCGAGCAAUCUUCAUCUGUCUCCAAGAUUAUCUGUCUAAACCGUUCUACCGACGGAGGCAAGAGCCGACAGCCAGAUGUGAGCGCCAUGCGCGGUCUGGCCACGACUUACCCCAAAACUGAGUUUAUCCAGGCCGAUCUUGCCGAAGAGUUCUUUGGUAUUGGUGAGCAGAAAUAUACUGAGCUUCUCAAGACAGCUGACCGCUUCAUCCACAACGCCUGGCCUGUCAACUUCAACAUGGCAGUGGAGUCAUUCGAGCCAGUGAUCAAGGGUGUACGCAGUCUGGCCGACUUUGCCAUAAAAGCAGACAAGAAAGUAUCUAUCGUAUUCCUUUCUUCCAUCGGCACUGUCGACGCUUGGCCAAACGCUGAGCCCAUCCCUGAGAAGCAACUUCUUGACUUCCGCUACGCCUCGCUCGGGUAUGGUCAAUCCAAGCUUCUCGGCUCUUUAAUCCUGGACAAGGCAGCAGAAACCUCUGGAAUCCGAGCUGCCAAUAUCCGUGUUGGCCAAAUUGCUGGUCCUAGUGGCGAAAAGGGUCAGUGGAACAAGCAAGAAUGGCUCCCAUCCAUCAUUGCCUCGUCUGUCAAGAUUGGCAAACUGCCUCAACAAAUAGGUGGUCUGAACGCAGUUGACUGGAUGCCCAUUGAAGACGUUGCCAAUGCCGUGAUUGACAUUACUGGCUGUGCAUCAACCGCAUCGUCAGGCGCCAACGAGGCACACGUUGGCUAUUUCAACCUGACCAAUCCCAACGUUACACAGUGGCAGGAACUCACGGCCGGAAUCAAAGUCUUUUACGAGAAGCAAGAAAAGCCUCUUCAGCUCGUCAGCAUGCAUGACUGGGUUGUGGCCGUUGAAGCGGCGGGCGAGGACUCCAACCCGGCAUUUAAGCUGCUGGAUACAUACAAGGCCCUGUUGCCAAAGCCGGAGGAUACAGAGUCUAAGCAUCCAGGAUACUCGACCCAGAUAUCACAGGCAGUUAGUCAAACAGUCCGCGAAAUGGGCGUUGUUACCCAGAAGCUGCUUAUCCACUGGUGCGAGCAGUGGUCUUUCUAG